UUGUUUAGGUUGGUAGUGCAGUGGCUCCCGUCAAGGCAACAAAAAGUGACAGAUCGUUUUUCCGACCAUUGUUUCGCCCAAAAACACGUUAUUUUUGCCCAUUUUCGUGCACCAGACGUUCAAAAUCGACUAAUUUGCGAUUAGUGAAAGUGUUUGUGCGUUUUUUGCCGCGUCCGGUUGUGUAAAAGUGCCGAAAUCGCCCAUCUGUUUAUUUACCCAAAGCAACGACCUUGUCCAAUAAAAAUAAACGAACGUUGGGAAUUUGCAUUUUCGCGUGUGCACCUGCCUUUGGGGCCGGUGGCCCCAAAUGUGAAUUCGCACCCGAGUGAGGCAAACCCACUAUUAUGGUUAGACUCGGGCCGACUCCACUGCUAUGGCUGAGGAUAGCGGAAAGCCGCCCCAAAAACCGUACGACUACCUUCUCAAGUUCCUGCUAGUGGGCGACAGCGAUGUCGGCAAGCAGGAGAUCCUCUCGGAGCUGGACGACGGCGCCGCCGAGUCGCCCUUCUGCAGCGGCAGCGCCUACAAGACCACCACGAUUCUGCUCGACGGCAAGCGCGUCCGCCUGCAGCUGUGGGACACCUCAGGCCAGGGCCGGUUCUGCACGAUAAUCCGGUCCUACUCGCGGGGAGCACAGGGUGUUUUACUAGUGUACGACAUAACGAAUCGGUGGUCGUUUGACGGCCUGGACAGGUGGCUGAAAGAAGUCGAUGAACAUGCACCAGGUGUGCCUAAAGUUUUGGUAGGAAAUAGGCUGCAUUUUGCCUUCAAGCGGAAAGUGGGCGAAAGGGAUGCACAGAUGUACGCCAAUAGGCACAGUAUGGCCUUUUUUGAAGUUUCGCCCUUGUGUAAUUUUAAUAUACAUGAGAGCUUCUGCGAGCUGUCCAGGAUGGCCCUCCAGAGGAACGGCAUGGAAAGACUGUGGCGCUCUAAUAAAGUGUUGAGCCUCCAAGAGCUGUGCUGUCGGGCCAUCGUUGCUCGCACCACAGUUUACAGCAUCGAGCAGCUGCCUCUGCCGACUUGCGUCAAAUCCUACCUUAAAUCAUACGCCCUUACGACCACUUCGACCCAACUCAAAUACACGCACAGUCAAAGAAAAAGCAACGGACGUAAACUACGCUUUAUAAGUACGCCAACGUCACCGGGAAGCGACACGAGAACGAGUUGUGUGCCGAGAAACUCAUGUACUAUAUCUUGAUAUUUGUUGUACGUGUGUUUUGGUUUUGUGAUAUUGUACAAAAUUGGUUGGUAUAUCGACAUAUCAAGGAGAGAAUGUAAUUUUUUCAAAUAUUAGUUGAGGCAGUUUUUUGCGUAACCGUCCUAGUUCGGGUAAUCAGUGUAAAUAAUUGUCAGGAUUUUAGUGAAUAAGUCAGUAUUGCACCUUGAGUUGGACGUUGUUGUAUAUAAUUUUUGUGUUACCUAUCAUUUGUAUAUAAUUUAACCUGUACUUUUUUUACUUUAUUUAUAUUACUUUUUACUAACAGUUUUAUGUUACGUAAAUAGUGUCACCUAUUUUUGUUUAAUGAAGUGUAUUUUAAUAAUAAUAUAGCUGGUACUGAAUAAUUUCUAA